GCAUGCGUAGCAGGAGAAUUAGGGCUGUUGCUGUCUCCGGAAUUUAACGGCCCGCGCAGUUCGAACGAAGGGGCGCAGACGGGGCGCCUUUCGGGACAGCUUUAGAGCGCGAAGUACCCUCGACAGAGAUCAGCCGCGCGCCCCGCGGGGGUGCGUGAAGAAGCUGCUCUACAGGGGCUUUCCUGGCGACAAAUGUAGAGUACCAAUGGAAUCCAACUUAUGGAUUUACCAUAAAAAAGAUGACGAUGAAGAACUCUUGCUUGCAAAUGUAGAGGCAUUAAGGAAUCAACUGAGGAAAACCGAGAGAAAUCUACGAAAUCUAGGGGAAGAGCUUUCCAGUACUAGUUCGAGUGAGCAGUCUGUCCACAGCUCUCAUUUCAAUGAGUUUGUCGGACUAACACUGGAAGAUCUUGUUGAGCCGAGUUGCACUGAAUUUCAAAAUUAUUUCGCUCAUAAGAGUGCUGGUAAAAUGUCCCACCAGAGCAGGGAUUCUCAAAGAAAAUCUCAAACCAAGUCUUACCCAGUGUCCACUCCUUUUAAUAAAAGUAUGGAACAAGAAAAUGAGCAUCUUAGAGAGAAGCUGAACACACUUCGAGAUCAAAAUGCAUCUUUGACUUCCCAGAACCACUGUCUAAUGAAUAAAAUUGAAACUAUCAACUUUGAACUGACUCAGUCAAAAACAAGAAUCUCUUUUCUUGAAUCAGCUUUAGGUACACAUUCAGUCAGUAUUCCUAUGUUAGAAGAACAGAUUGCAAAUUUGGAAGCAGAAGUUACAGCUCAAGAUAAAGUCCUGAGAGAUGCAGAAGAUAAAUUAGAGCAAAGCCAGAAAAUGGUGGUAGAAAAAGAACACAUUUUGCAAAGAUUUAAAGAAGAAUAUAAAAAAUUGAAAACAGAUUUAACUGAACGAAGCAAGCAAGGGAAGAGAGCUGAACAGCAAAGAAAUGAGGCUCUGUUUAAUGCUGAAGAGCUGACGAAAGCUUUUAAAAAAUACAGAGAGAAAAUAACUGAAAAACUUGAAAAGGUUCAAGCUGAAGAAGAAACUUUAGAGAAAAAUCUAAUUAAUUGUGUAAAAGAAAAAGAAAAGUUGCAUGAAAAAUGUGUUGCCUAUAGAAAUGAACUUGAAAUCACAAAGGAACAAUUAAGACAAUUAAAGGAUGAGAACCGUAGUGCAAAAGAAGAGAUGAGGAGUCUAGAGGCAAAAAACACUGAAAUUGUGUCACAGCUAACACAGUCUGAACAGAAGAUCCUGAAGCUUGAGAGUGAACUUAAUGACAAAGUAGUAGUACUUAAAGAGAAAAGUGCCCUAGUAAGUGAAAAUGCAGAGCAAAAAGCACUUAUUGCACAGCAAAAUGAUCGCCUAAAAUUAUGUCAUCAAGAAAUUGAGAAUUCAAGAGAAGAACUGAGCACCUUGGAAACUAUUAUCUCCCAGUUGUCACUAGGUACAUCUAAAGAGUUUAAAUUGCAUCACUCGAAACGUCAGAUGGCCAGUUCCUCUGCAAAGGAAGCUAUGUAUGCCUCUUGUUGCGAAUCAAACAAAUCUCUGAUUGCAGAUCUAAGAAUCAAACUGGCAAUGAAAGAAGCAGAAAUUCAAAAGCUUCAGGCAAACCUAACUGUCAGUAAAGUAGCUCAACAUCUUUCUAAUGAUUAUGAGGGACAAGAAAGUGGCAGAUUACAUGGCCUAGAGACAGAACCUGUAAAACUGAUUGGAAAUCAAACAGAGAGAAAAUGUCAACAAUUGGAGCUCAUCAGUAAACAGUUUGAAAAGGAGCGUCGAAGAUUCACAAGAGAGAUAGAAGAGUUACAUGCUAAGCUAUCAAAAGAAGAAGAGGAGAAUUCUUCUUUAAAGACCAGCAUGGCCCAGAGAGCCAGUCAGUUUCAAAUUAUACAGGAAGAACUACUGGAGAAGGCUGCAAAAACUACUAACUUAGAGCGAGAAAUAACAAAGAAAUCCUCUCAGCUUUCAGUACUUGAAAAGCAGUUGGAAGAAAAGACAGUUGCUUAUUCUGCUGCUGCUGCAAGAUGUACUGAGCUGGAUCAGGAGCUCAUAGAAAAGAAUGGCCAGAUUCGCAACUUGGAAGCAAAUAUUAAUGAAGAACAUGAGCAAGUAACUAUAGCUUUUGAAAAAGCAAAGUUAAUUCAUCUUGAACAGCACAAAGAGAUGGAAAAACAGAUUGAAAUACUUCAGACUCAGUUGGCUAUGAAACACCAGCAAAUUAAUGAGCUAGAAAAGACAAUGUCUGUUUUACAAGAAGAUAUUGUAUGUAAACAGCGUCACCUUGAAUCAUUGGAUCGGCUGCUGAUAGAAAGCAGAGAGGAAAUGGAAAAGCAAAAUACCAAGAAAGAAGAAGCUUUGAAAAUGUUGCAAAGCCAAUUAACGGAAGAAACAAUCAAAGUCAGACAACUAGAGUCAGCACUAGACAUUUGUAAGGAAGAGCUUAGAUUGUAUCUGAGUCAAUUAGAAGAAAAUAAGGAGUCAUUUGAAAAGCAGCUAAAGAAGAAGUCUGAAGAGGUGCACCGGUUACAAAAAGAAAUAAAACAAAGAAAUCAUAAUCUUCAGGACACCACUGAACAAAAUGUCCUGCUACAGCAAACUCUGCAGCAGCAGCAGCAAAUGUUACAGCAGGAGACAAUUAGAAAUGGAGAGCUAGAGGAUAGCCAGAUUAAGCUUGAAAAACAGGUAUCAAAACUGGAGCAAGAGCUUCAAAAACAGAAAGAAAACUCCGAAGAAGAGUUGAGAAAGGCAGAGGGAAAGCUCCGUAUAGCCUCUCAGGAAGCAGAUUUAAAAAGACAGAAGGUGGCUGAACUUACUAGCACAAUUGGGCAGAUUAAGCUGGAGAUGGAUCAGUGCAAGGAUGAGCUAAUUGGUAUGGAGAAAGAACUAGUGCAUUUAAGACGAGAUGGUGAAACUAAAACAGUGCAGCUAAGUCAUUUAGAAAUGACUUUGGAGCACACUCAGUCAGAACUAAAUAAAAAAACACAACAAGUGCGUGAUCUGGAAGAUAAACUGCUUCAGAGUGAGACUGGGCAAAAGGAUGCUUUACACAGAAUAGAAGAGCUAGAGGCUGAACUACAAAAUGCCCAUGGAGAAUUAAAAAUCACUUUGAGACAGUUACAGGAACUGCGAGAUGUGCUACAGAAUGCACAGUUCUCUCUGGAGGAGAAGUAUGCGGCUAUCAAGGAUUUAACAGCUGAACUUAGGCAUUGUAAAGAUGAAAUUGAGGACAAAAAGCAAGAACUUCUUGACAUGGACCAGGCAUUGAAAGAAAGGAACUGGGAACUGAAACAAAGAGCAGCUCAGGUUACCCAGUUGGAUAUGACUAUUCGUGAACACAGGGGAGAAAUGGAACAAAAAAUAAUUAGAUUAGAAGGUAGUUUGGAGAAAACUGAGUUAGAAAUUAAAGAACGCAAUAAACAGAUUGAGAGCUUAGAUUGCAAGCUACAGCAUUCUAAAGAUGAGCUUCGUGAAAAAGAGUUUGAAUUGCUCCAGAGAGAUCAAGAAAUAAAUCAACUAAAAAAGGAAAUUGAAAGAAAACAACAUAGAAUAACAGAUAUUGAAAAAACAGUGAAAGAUCAGGAGGAGUGCAUUGCAGGCCAGUACAAGGAAGCAUUAGAUUUAGGUCAGCAGUUGAGGCUAGAACGAGAACAGAUGCAGCACAUUCAUUUGGAGCAUUUGGAGACUCGCCGGCUGUUGGUUCAAGCUCAAAGAGAAACAGACAGACUCUCGCAAGAACUGGAAGAAAUGAACCAUCUGUCUCGAGAAAAGGAAGCUCGUGCAAACCGUUUGGCAGAAGAACUGGGUGCUGCCCAAGCACGUGAAGCUCAGUUACAAGCAAAAAUGCAAGCUGAGAUAAAAAAGCUUUCAUCAGAAAUAGACUCAUUAAAGGAGGCUUAUGAGCAGGAGAAGCUUGCACAUCAGACAAAUCAGGAAAGGUGGCAGAUGUCCACAGACAGCCAGAAAUCUGGCUCUUAUCAUCUAAGUGGACAAUUGCAGCAGCUGAAGCAGGAGUUAGAAGAGGCUCAGGACACUGUCAAUAAUCUUCAGCAACAACUUCAGGCUAGAAAUGAAAUGGUUCAAGCUGCAAAUGAAGCACUGCUUGUGAAGGAAUCUGAAGUAACGAGAUUACAAACAAGAAUUUCUGGGCAUGAAAGAACAGAAGGCAUAAAGAAGCUACCAAUCCCGCUUGUAUUAUCAGAUCAUAUGCUCUUCGAUGUUCAAGAACAGGAUUCUUCCAGAAAUUCUCAUACGUCAUACUUCAAACAUAGAAAACUGCGUCGUUCUAUAAGUGCUAGUGACCUAGGUGUUAAAGAUGAUGAUUCUCUAGAUCUAUCAAAAACGAUGUUAAAAGACUUCAAACAAAUGCUUACAUUAAAGCCCUCAAUGUUUCCAGAGAGUCAAAAGGAUUUUCUUCAUACUCCAUCAAACAGUUUGAAUGAAUCUUCAUUCGAUCCCCUUACAUACAUUGUAGAUGAAGAUGUGACAUCAGACAGUAAUGACUUCCAGACACUUAGUGGAAUGCUAAAAUAUAUCAACAAAGAAAUGAGGCAGUCUGAAAAUGCUUCUGUACAAAUAUCAUGUGGUACAAACUCAAAGGAGAAUCAAGAAUCUGUGUAUGCUACCAUGAGGAAUCUGACCAGGAAGGACAAACUUGCAGAAGCUGCAGGCAGAACCUUGGGUAAAACCCUGGAAAUUAAACAACUGGAUGUCUGCAGUGAAGAGUCUAUUAAAACUUGCGUCAGUAGCAUUCCUGACAGAAGGAUUGAUAUCCUAGUUAGCAAUGCUGGAAUGGGGCUCAUUGGACCUAUUGAAUGCCAGACCAUAGAUGAGAUGAGAACUGUGAUGGAUACAAACUUCUUUGGAUUGGUUCGACUCUUGAAGGAGAUUUUACCUGAUAUGAAGAAGAGAAAGAGUGGACAUAUAGUUAUAAUAAGUAGUGUCAUGGGAAUACAAGGUAUUUUGUUCAAUGAUGUUUAUGCUGCAUCUAAAUUUGCUGUGGAAGGAUUCUGUGAAAGUUUAGCCAUACAAGCACUCAAGUUUAAACUUCAGCUAAGUCUGAUUGAGCCAGGCCCAGUGAUCACAGAAUUUGAAAAAAAGGUGUUUGAAGAUGGAAUGAAAAUGGAUCUUUCGGCUGCUGAUGAAGAAACUGCUGACAUGUUUACUAAUAUUUACCUUAAAAAUUACAAACAGAUUUUCCAAAUCCUGGGACAGAGUGCAGAGGACAUAGCAGAGCAUACAGUAAAGAUAAUUCUUGCAGAAAAUCCACCUUUUCGCCAUCAGACCAACACCCUGUACACACCAAUGACAACCUUGAAAUAUGCAGAUCCUAAUGGAGAUUUACCUAUUGAUACCUUCUACAAAAUGGUUUUUCAGCAUGAUAAAAUCUUCAGUGCAAGUCUUAACUUCAUCAAACUGCUAAGGUGGAGAAGCAGAAAAAGCUUUGAUUUGGGCAACCCUUCACAAUGAAUAUAUGUAUGCUACUGUGUGCAUUUGGAUCACUAGUUCUAGUCACUGCUGAUAUACUGUUUUGAAAAAUAGCUUUGCAAUAUAAUUUAUUACAAAAAGACAUUCAAAAUGUUGGUUAGUGAGCUUAAUUGAGGUAUUAAUGUUGAUUAACUUAUUUUGAACUUCAAGGUUCCAAUGCUUUGAAAGUAAAAUGUUUGACCCAUGGCAGUUAUUCUCAGUAAUCUUGGCUGUAUAUUCUAUUUCCAGAGUUGUUCCUGGUAGAAAUUUAUGACCACUUUUUCUGAACAUCAACAAAUCAAUUAUCAAACAGCGACCUUCAGCAUUUAUUAGAAUUAAAAAGAAAAGAUACUGAGGGCUGGUCUACACUGGGGGGGGAAAUCGAUCUAAGAUACGCAACUUCAGAUAGCGUAGCUGAAGUCGAAGUAUCUUAGUUCGACUUACCUGGCUGUCCUCAUGGUGGCAAGUCGACUGCCGCAGCUCCCCUGUCGACUCCGCUUACUCCUCCAGCCAAGGUGGAUUACUGGCGUAGAUUCAGGGAUCAAUUUAUCACAUCUAGAUGAGACGCGAUAAAUCGAUCCCCAAUAGAUCGAUUACUACCCGCCAAUCCGGCAGGUAAUGUAGACGUGGCCUGAGAUUAGUACUCUGUGUAUAUCUUAUUUGUAGAAAAACCUGAUUUGUUAGUAUUGUAAAACAUAUUGAAUUGCUUUGCUAAUGUUCUAGUGAUUUUUAAAUCACUUAACACCUUGUUCUAUAGUGCUAUACUUCUACCGGUAUUUAAAAGGAUUAGAAUAAACUACUUGUUAGAAACGUAAGUGCAAGCAUUGUUAUAGUUUUAAAAUAUAUUGAAGAUGCCUAAAAUAUAGACAUACAUAUUAUAGUCAACUUCUAUGAUAAUGGUGAAUGGCUUAUGAUUAUUUCUGUGCUUUCUUAGGGAACACAAAUUAAUAUAAUCAAAAUUU